AUGGGAACCCCAGAAAACGUUGAUGCUGCUUAUGAAUCUGCCGUGAAGAUCAUUUUGCAAUGGGAUGUAAGUGGUGCCGGAAGACGAACGAUCUUUGGCAGAGGAGACCGCAAUGAUAUAAAUCAGUACUUGCAAGCAGUUGAUGAGAUCCACCGCCGGAUGGCAACCAUAUCUGAUGACAACAGUGUGAUCAAGAUAGCCAUGGCUCGGCUGGAGGAGAAGUUUGGCUACAUCUUGACCAGGAUCGGCCAUAGCAAUCCAAGGUAUUCCACUUGUUCUAGUUCAAUGAGUGAUGAUAGUGUUAGCUAUGAAUUAGUUGAAGAGGAUUAUUUAGACUACGAUAUUGUUCCAUCUGAAGAAGAAAUCAAUGGUCUCCGGAGUAUUGCUGAAAGGAUGGACUCUGUUCAGUGCGUUCAGGUUUACAGGAGAGUAAGGAAGGGUGCAGUGGACGAGUGUUAUCAACGUGUUGGCAUCGAGAAAUUGAUCAUUCAAGAUGUCUGGAAGUUGGAGUGGCAAGUGUUGGAGGUGAAGAUCAGACAAUGGAUUCGUGCAGCCAAAUUUUGUGUUCGAAUUUUCUUUCCCAAAGAGAAGCAACUCUGCCAGCAAAUCUUUGGAGGUCUUGCAACAACUGUUGUAGUUGAUUUCUGUUUUGCAGAAAUAGUUAGAGAUGGCUUAGUUCAGUUAUUUGACUUUGUGGAUGUCAUAAGUAGUAGUAGCCGAUCACCAUCGGAGAGAUUGUUCAAAUUUUUAGAUCUCCACGAGGCGUUGUCUGAAAUUUUGCCUGAGCUGGACAAUCUUUUUCAAUCAAAUUCAGCAGAACCUAUUGAAAUUGAGGUUGUUGAGUCACCUAUCCGAAUCGGGGCUAUUCAGAUACUUUAUCCGCUCGCGGAGGCAAUCAGUGGGAUUCUAUUGCAACUGGAGAAUGAUUUGUGUCAUGAGUCGUUGGUGAUUCCAGAUGGGACUAUUCACAGCUUGGCUAGGUAUGUGAUGGACAAUAUUACUCGGCUCUCUGAUUACAAGUAA